CCCCAAAUAAUUUUCUCAGAAGUUCCGUAAAUCCCCCCACCAUGGCUACUGAUCAGCUCCACCUUCUCACCGUUCUUGACCGUGCAAAGACCCAAUUCUACCACUUCACAGCGGUGGUAAUCGCCGGAAUGGGCUUCUUCACCGAUUCCUACGAUCUCUUCUGCAUAUCCCUCGUCACCAAACUCCUCGGCCGCAUUUACUACACUGUCGAAGGCUCCUCCCGUCCAGGAACCCUCCCUCCGGCCGUCGCCGCAGCUGUCAACGGCGUCGCACUCGCCGGCACUCUCGCCGGUCAACUCUUCUUCGGCUGGCUCGGUGACAAGCUCGGCCGCAAGCGCGUUUACGGCCUCACCCUCAUCCUCAUGGUCGUCUGUUCCAUCGCAUCCGGUCUCUCCUUCAGCAGCUCUCCGACUGCCGUCAUCACCACACUCUGUUUUUUCCGAUUCUGGCUCGGCUUCGGUAUCGGCGGAGAUUACCCUUUAUCCGCCACCAUAAUGGCAGAAUACUCCAAUAAGAAAACUCGAGGCGCAUUUAUCGCCGCCGUCUUCGCAAUGCAGGGGUUCGGAAUUCUCGCUGGCGGCACGGUAGCGAUCGUAAUUUCCUUAAUUUUCAAGACCAUUUUCAAAGCUCCGCCGUACUCGGUGGACGCCGUGAAAUCGACGGUGCCAGAAGCGGAUUACGUAUGGAGGAUUAUAUUGAUGUUGGGUUCCUUGCCGGCGCUUUUAACAUACUAUUGGCGGAUGAAAAUGCCGGAAACGCCGCGUUACACUGCCUUGGUUGCCAACGACAAUAAGAAAGCUUGUGCUGACAUGUCGAAGGUGUUGAAUGUGGAAAUCGGUCAAAAUGUGGUAAAUGAGACUCAAAGUAACACAAAUGCAAAUUCAAACUUUGGGUUUUUUAGUAAGAAAUUUCUGGAGAGACAUGGGAUUCAUCUCUUAGGGACUGCCACCACUUGGUUUCUAAUCGAUGUAGCUUAUUAUAGCCAAAAUUUAUUCCAAAAGGACAUUUUUAGUGCUGUGGGUUGGUUGCCACCGGCCAAAACAAUGAGUGCUUUAGAAGAGGUUUUCAAAGUCGCUAAGGCUCAGACACUCAUUGCCCUUUGUGGGACGGUUCCUGGCUAUUGGGCCACGGUUCUUCUCAUAGACCGGGUUGGUCGGUUCUUUAUUCAAGUGGUUGGAUUUUUCUUCAUGACGGUUUUUAUGUUUGCGAUUGCAAUUCCUUACCAUCAUUGGACCGGGAACCAUGUGGGGUUUGUUUUGAUGUAUGGGCUUACGUUUUUCUUUGCUAAUUUUGGACCCAAUAGUACUACUUUUGUUGUCCCUGCUGAGAUUUUUCCGGCUCGGUUUCGGUCAACUUGUCAUGGGAUAUCGGCUGCAGCUGGGAAAGCUGGGGCGAUUGUUGGAGCUUUUGGGUUCUUGUAUGCUGCUCAGAGUCAAGACCCGUCGAAGACCGAUCUGGGUUACCCACCCGGGAUUGGAAUGAGGAAUUCUUUGAUCAUUUUGGGAAUUGUCAAUGUGUUUGGGUUACUUUUUAGCUUUUUGGUUCCGGAAUCUAAAGGGAAGUCUUUAGAAGAAAUGUCCAAAGAGAAUGAAGUUGGAGAUCGUGAAGAAGAAAACCAAGAAAGUAGUAGAGUCGAACAGGUUUAG